GUCCCAUCUGAUGCCCAGGCUGAAGGAGUCUCGCUCGCACGAGUCCCUGCUCAGCCCCAGCAGCGCAGUAGAAGCGCUGGACCUCAGCAUGGAGGAAGAGGUGGUCAUCAAGCCGGUUCACAGCAGCAUCCUGGGCCAGGACUACUGCUUCGAGGUGACCACGUCGUCAGGAAGCAAGUGCUUCUCCUGCCGAUCGGCAGCCGAGCGGGACAAGUGGAUGGAGAACCUUCGGCGAGCGGUACACCCCAACAAGGACAACAGUCGGCGUGUGGAGCACAUCCUGAAGCUGUGGGUGAUCGAGGCCAAGGACCUGCCAGCCAAGAAGAAGUACCUGUGUGAGCUGUGCCUGGACGACGUGCUGUACGCCCGCACCACGGGCAAGCUCAAGACGGACAAUGUCUUCUGGGGCGAGCACUUUGAGUUCCACAACCUGCCACCUCUGCGCACCGUCACCGUGCACCUGUACCGGGAGACCGACAAGAAGAAGAAGAAGGAGCGCAACAGUUACCUGGGCCUGGUGAGCCUGCCUGCCGCCUCGGUGGCCGGGCGGCAGUUCGUGGAAAAGUGGUACCCGGUGGUGACGCCCAACCCCAAGGGCGGCAAGGGCCCUGGGCCCAUGAUCCGCAUCAAGGCGCGCUACCAGACCAUCACCAUCCUGCCCAUGGAGAUGUACAAGGAGUUUGCCGAGCACAUCACCAACCACUACCUGGGGCUCUGUGCCGCCCUCGAGCCCAUCCUCAGCGCCAAGACCAAGGAGGAGAUGGCGUCGGCCCUGGUGCACAUCCUGCAAAGCACGGGCAAGGUGAAGGACUUCCUGACAGACCUGAUGAUGUCAGAGGUGGACCGCUGUGGGGACAACGAGCACCUUAUCUUCCGGGAGAACACGCUGGCCACCAAGGCCAUCGAGGAGUACCUCAAGCUGGUGGGCCAGAAGUACCUGCAAGAUGCACUAGGUGAGUUCAUCAAAGCGCUGUAUGAGUCGGAUGAGAACUGUGAAGUGGACCCGAGCAAGUGCUCGGCUGCCGACCUCCCCGAGCACCAGGGCAACCUCAAGAUGUGCUGCGAGCUAGCCUUCUGCAAGAUCAUCAACUCCUACUGUGUCUUCCCCCGGGAGCUGAAAGAGGUAUUUGCCUCAUGGCGACAGGAGUGCAGCAGCCGCGGCCGGCCCGACAUCAGCGAGCGGCUCAUCAGUGCCUCCCUGUUUCUGCGCUUCCUCUGCCCUGCCAUCAUGUCGCCCUCGCUCUUCAACCUGCUGCAGGAGUACCCCGAUGACCGCACAGCCCGCACCCUCACCCUCAUUGCCAAGGUGACCCAGAACCUGGCCAACUUCGCCAAGUUCGGCAGCAAGGAGGAGUACAUGUCGUUCAUGAACCAGUUCCUGGAGCAUGAGUGGACCAACAUGCAGCGCUUCCUGCUGGAGAUCUCCAACCCCGAGGCCGCCUCCAACACGGCCGGUUUCGAGGGCUACAUUGACCUGGGCCGCGAGCUCUCCAGCCUGCACUCGCUGCUCUGGGAGGCCGUCAGCCAGCUGGAGCAGAACAUCGUGUCCAAACUGGGACCCCUGCCUCGAAUCCUGAGGGACGUCCACACAGCGCUGAGUACCCCAGGCAGUGGGCAGCUCGCAGGGACCAACGACUUGGCCUCCACUCCUGGCUCUGGCAGCAGCAGCAUCUCGGCUGGGCUGCAGAAGAUGGUGAUCGAGAACGAUCUCUCUGGUCUGAUAGAUUUCACCCGGUUACCGUCUCCAACCCCCGAAAACAAGGACUUGUUUUUUGUCACAAGGUCCUCCGGGGUCCAGCCCUCACCUGCCCGCAGCUCGAGUUACUCGGAAGCCAACGAGCCCGAUCUUCAGAUGGCCAAUGGUGGCAAGAGCCUGUCUAUGGUGGACCUCCAAGAUGCCCGCACGCUGGAUGGGGAGGCGGGCUCCCCAGUGGGCCCCGACGCCCUCACCGCCGAUGGGCAACGCACGCCGCCCACCCUGCUGAGCACCCUGCAGUACCCGCGGCCCUCUGGCGGGCCCCUGGCGUCCGCCUCUCCUGACUGGGCCGGCCCGGGAGCCCGGCUCCGGCAGCCCUCAUCCUCGUCCAAAGGAGACAGCCCGGAGCUGAAGCCUCGCGCCGUGCACAAGCAGGGCCCUUCACCCGUGAGCCCCAAUGCCCUGGACCGCACGGCCGCGUGGCUCUUGACCAUGAACGCGCAGUUGUUAGAAGACGAGGGCCUGGGCCCAGACCCCCCCCACAGGGAUAGGCUAAGGAGUAAGGAGGAGCUCAGCCAAGCAGAAAAGGACCUGGCGGUGCUGCAGGACAAGUUGCGGAUCUCCACCAAGAAGCUGGAGGAGUACGAGACUCUGUUCAAGUGCCAGGAGGAGACGACGCAGAAGCUAGUGCUGGAGUACCAGGCGCGGCUGGAGGAGGGUGAGGAGCGGCUGCGGCGGCAGCAGGAGGACAAGGACAUCCAGAUGAAGGGCAUCAUCAGCAGGUUAAUGUCCGUGGAGGAGGAGCUGAAGAAGGACCACGCCGAGAUGCAAGCAGCUGUGGACUCCAAGCAGAAGAUCAUUGAUGCCCAGGAGAAGCGCAUCGCCUCACUGGACGCCGCCAACGCCCGCCUCAUGAGCGCCCUGACGCAGCUGAAAGAGAGGUACAGCAUGCAAGCCCGUAACGGCGUCUCCCCCACCAACCCCACCAAAUUGCAGAUUACCGAGAACGGCGAGUUCCGAAACAGCAGCCAUUGCUAACCUGCCCGAGGAGGGAGGACCGAGGUGGCCCAGAGCAGGCCGCGGCCUGGGGCCUGGGGAGGAGUGCCCCCACAGUCGCAGCCCCGUGUGCAGGGGCGGGGGGCCCCAGGCCUCCUCCCCUUCCCUCCGCCUGCGGUCCAGGAGGUGCCGCAGAGGGAGCCUGGACAGACUGAUGCAGCGUGGGCCCGCUCCCCUGUCUUCUGGCCCGAGAAGCGAGUUCGGUGCAGGCCGGAGGGACUGCACGCUGGGGACGGGGCGGCCCGGGGGGAGCGGGGGGCCUGCCAAAGGACGUCUCCGUCGGUUACUGAAUUUGGUGUGUGUCACCUUUCUUUCUUGACCUGGCCAAGUGCAUGUACCCCUUCCCCCUCCCCAGGGAGGGGGUGCCCUCGAGGUAGGGGAUUAGAGAGCCGGGGCCCGGCUCCUACCCUGGGGGGCUUGUCCCUCAGUUCCCAGGGGCGGACGGGCCGGUCGGCAGGCAGGGAGAAGAGGGUGGGGAGGACGGAGCUGCCGGAGCUGCUGUCCCGCAGGGCUCCCCCUGAGCACCUGCUACUGCAUGCGGCCUGUCCGGGGACCCGCCUGGCCAUGAGGAACCGAGGAGUCACCCCUGCACCUGUCCCCAGACUCCCUGCCUCUCCACCGCCCCCUUCCCCCACGCCAGCCCUACCUUAUUUUGCCAGACGCCCAGUGAGGAUCCUGGCUCGCUCUUCUGGGCCCUGGUGUCUGCGGGGAGGACCCAGAGCUUCCCUCACUCGCUCAGGCUGACACUCUAGGACUCCCCAAAGCCAAAGACCUGGGCAGAGGUGGCCCAAGGGCACUGUGCCUGCCGCCUACCCUCCCCCGGGGCCGGUGCGCCAGGGCGCCAUGGCCCUGCAGGGAGCCGCCAGCUGGGGCUCACCCCAAGAGGAAGGCUCAUCUUUCCCGAGUGAUGGUUAAGAGAAGUUCUAAUGCCAGCAGGCCCUGAGAAGGUGGAUAACUGUGAUUUUUUUUCCUUUCACAGUAUGCAUUAGAAACAAAAGCCCGCUUGCUCGCUUGCUGGAACACAGGGGCCUUUUAAAUUGAGCGUGCGCACUGCAUGGGAAAUAGCGGCCCUGGAGGAUGUUAGACUUGCUCCUCUCCAAGACAGCAGCGGCCUGCGCCAGGCCCCGUGUGUGCGGCCGGCCUCCUCCUCACCCUUCCCGGGCCCCCCGGCCAAGGACCCGGGUGCUGCACGCAGGAGAGGGGCACAUCCCACAGCUGGGGCCGGUUUUCCUCAGCUCUAGGCUGUUCUGGGGCUUCUCAGCCCUCGCUGCCCCCCACCCCUUGCGGGACAUAGGUGGGCAGGAGCCCGGGUCUCUCUCAUUCCCUCCCUGGUCCCGCCCCCAGAGCUGGGCAUUUGCCCCGCAGCAGAGCCCGGGCUGCCGGCCGCCCCCUCCGCCUUGGCCUCAGGAAGCUGAGACCCUGGGGAAGAGCCCCGAGCCCUUCCUGCCCCAGCCAGGGCCGGGGUCAACACAGGGCCUGCCAGGUCAAGGGCGGGCAGGGUGGCCCAGACCACACUGUGCCCCGUCCUGGCCUCUGGGCAGGGGCUCUUAGAUGAAACCUGUAGUCCGAUUAGGCCAGAGAUGUGCCGGCGAGGAGAGGGUGAGGCCCUAAGGUCACAGACCUCAGGAAGGAAGGUCAUGGGGGCUGCGGCCCUGCCUCCACUUGUAGCCACACAGGCAGGGCCUGGCCCCAGUGAUGUCCUCUGGUUCGGUCUCAUCACCCCAACCCUGCCGCCCAUGAGCCCUCCCCCCUCCCCUCCCCUCCCCUCUCCCCUCCCCCACUGAUGCCUCGAUGCCUCGUAGAGCAACCUCGGACUGAGCGCCUCUUAGCAAUACGGGGGAGGUUCCCAGGGCCCGGAUGGCAGGGCGCAGGAGGCCAGCGCGUGUGGUGCUGGCGGCCCUUGGUGUGGGUUGUGAGCUCUCAGGCCGAGAGCCUUAUUUACUUAGUGCAAAAACUGUAAAAGUGUACAGACUCUUCACAGAUUUUUAUCUGAAUUGCAAGUCUGACAAUUUUUGUAAAUGUUCUCGGUGUUCAACUGUAAUGUAACUAUUUCACCUAAUGGUUGUACAUAGUCCUUUAGUCCUGGUGCUGCCAAGGGCUGCCCGGGACUGCUGCUUUCCGAUGGUUUGUAUUUUAUUUUUUAAUCUAGAGAACAGUAUUGGGCAGGCGGAGGGGGUCUGGGGCUCGGUGUCAGGGGUUUCCCCCACCGGUGGCAUGCACCUGUCGACUUUGCAGCGGGCUGUCUGGGUGGGGUGCUGGGGACAUGGGGACAUGCGCCCAGUCCGGGUCACACGAACCUGCAUUCCAGGCUAGGGCCAGGGGGCCAGAGGGAGAGGGAGCGAGGGAAGCACCUGCUCCGGGAAGGUGAGGCCCCGCACCCACAGUCUGCUGGAGACGACUGUCCCCCUCCCUGGCCCACACACAGGCCUGACUGGUUUGCUUAUUACAUUUAGGGUGAAGGAAACUGCCAAACUUCCUAUAAGUGAAGACUUUUUUCUGACUGCCCAUAAAGGGGGGUGGGAACCAAGGCCAGAGCUCCACACCCCCCACCUCGGCCCUCCAGAGCGUCUGCCCCCGGGGUACACCUCUCUCUGCCGCCCCGUCUGCGGAAGGCAGGUCGUCCAGGGAAACAGCCUCUCUUUUCUACACCGUUGGCCCCAAAUCCACCCCCGGCCCCACACCACACCCUUGUGCCCCAUUUUGUAAGUAUGUGAAAAAGAAAAACACGCAAACGUUGGAGUCUUGGCUGGAGCCCCUCCCGGCUGCGGCUUUGAGCUGUGUCAUAGUGUACAGAGAAAGUGGUUGGUGUUCUAAGACUGUGGCUGUGCGAUUUCUGUACAUUUGCAAUUAGAAAUAUUAAAGAUUUAUUUAGCUAUUUUAAA